GUUCUCAGAGGGGUGAGUGAACCGCCUCAUUGUCAUUUGUCUUGUCAUUUUAUUGCAUUCGACUCUAAUAAUAAUACAUUAAUUAGUCGUCUUCGCGCUUGUGGUACUGGGCGUGCAUUAACUGAUCAUAGGUCGAGCAGCCAUGCCGAUGUGAGUAAUACCAGAGGUGUGGCAGCCGACCGACGUUUCGCGUCGUAUUCUCCUUCAAGUGACAGUAGUGAAAAAGUGAAAAAUACACUUCCUACACCGUUUCAAGAUGACCGAGUACAAAUUGGUGGUUGUCGGCGCUGGUGGCGUCGGCAAAUCCGCAUUGACUAUACAGCUAAUACAGAAUCAUUUCGUGGACGAGUACGAUCCUACGAUAGAGGAUUCGUAUAGAAAACAAGUGGUGAUAGAUGGUGAAACGUGUUUGUUGGAUAUCUUGGAUACGGCAGGGCAGGAGGAGUACUCCGCGAUGCGGGAUCAGUAUAUGCGUACAGGAGAGGGUUUCCUGCUAGUGUUUGCAGUGAAUAGUGCAAAGAGUUUCGAGGAUAUCGGCUCUUAUCGUGAGCAGAUAAAGAGAGUCAAGGACGCUGAGGAGGUGCCCAUGGUUCUGGUCGGGAACAAGUGUGACCUGCAGGCUUGGGCGGUAGACAUGACGCAAGCUAGAGAGGUAGCGCGAAGUUACGGCGUCCCCUUCGUCGAGACAUCAGCCAAGACGCGAAUGGGCGUCGACGACGCUUUCUACACGCUCGUCCGAGAGAUCCGCAAGGACAAGGAGGCGCGAGGCAAGAAGAGCCGGGGCAAGAUCGGCGGCCGGCGCACCAUCAAGUGCGAACUGAUAUAACUUUGUACUAUAACUCUUAACUGUCCAUCGGUGGAUCUUAUCCAUUAUUCAUAAAACUUAGCGAACCUUUGUUAAAUUGUGUCUCUUUCCAGCCAACAGAAAUGUCAAAAUGACGAGGGACAGACGAUUGUCAACGACUUGUUAGAGUUGACAGACGAUUAUCAACGACUUGUUAGAGUUGACAGACGUUUAUGAAUAACGCCGUAUGCAUAGUUCAAAUACCUGCUAAUAUAAUAAAUACGAUAGUUAUUGUCUGUCUGUCUCUAUACUCUAAAACGAAGUUGGUAUGGAAAUCGUUUAAGUCCCGGGAAAGGAUGUCCUUUGGGUCCUUUCCCGUGAUAAAAACUAAUAUGUACAUGUGUAUAGUUUUUAUCACGGAAAUCAAAAUCAUCGUUGGUUCGCCUUGCCCAUGGACUGUAUGUUAAGUACUUUGAUAGUAAAUUGUCCCAUAUGCUCUUAGCGCUAUGGGACGCCGGCUUCGGUAUGGUAGUUCUUUAAGCCUGUCCAUUCGUAUAUUUUAACCUUUACCUGGGCUUUAUCAAAAAUUACAAUCAAAUUUAUUGAUCUUAACUUAAAGCACAAUGCUUAUCUUAUUGUUUGGGGGCCCUUGCCUGGACACACUCCGACCUAUCCGGGAUCUUUUGUAUAAGCCCCCUCAAGAUGUACCUUGUGCUCAAGCUCAAAGGCAGCGCUUUGAAUUCCUUUGAUAAAUAUAGCCUGCUCCAAACUUUUCAUUCUCUCUCUGGCGAGGGAGUGACAUUAACACAUUAGGUGUAUUACUGUCUCUUCCUCUUUGCCAGACAUUCGAGAAUCUGUGUUGUGGUAUCGCUUAAAGACAAGGCUUACAGAACUAGCUUUUUAUGUGUAAAUCGGUGUUCAAUGAAAGACAAAAAUGUAUAAAAUUAACUAAUUUUAGACUAAAAUGCAAUUUUUUUUUUUCUUAAGAAAGAACGUGAAGUAACAACCAAGUGUAAUGAUUGUUGAUACAAGCAUUACUGAUCUUUGACUAUUAUUAAACGCCAUUUUACUAUAAAAAGUAUAUGAACGCACAGGCAGCAGCGCCGAAGCCUUUUGCCAUAAUUUUUUCAACCAAGCCGAAAGGCGCGAUGUUUUAGGGCGUUUUGGGAUACUCUCUUAGACCAUUUUGGCAAAAACUGUCUAUGUCUGUAUAUUUUCCAUAGUGCCUCAAGACGCCCAUUUAGAGUUAAGCUUGCAACACUCAAGACUAUUUUACUCUAAACUUGAAUUAUAUCUUAGAUAGUGUCUAUCUAAUAAAAGGCUAAGCCGUUAUUGAUCAUUUUUGCAAGUUGAAUUGCUUGUUUCAAUGCCACACAUUAUCAUAAAGAUAAUGUUGAAUUUAUUAAAAAAGGUUAACCCUUUGAACGCUAUCGUGUGCGGCGCGUUAUUAUGAACCAUGUCACAAUGCACGAAGGUUGAUAUUGGGCUGUAGCAGUGCACGUCAGUUGACAUCUUUGGCGGUCAAAGGGUUAUGAUUCCGUUUGUGUACAUAUUUUUACACAUUAGGCGCUUGGCGCUUUCAUACUUGCUUACCCACUUAGUGUGUGAUCAGUGUAUCGUUGUUACGAAUUUUAUACAUUUUUUCUAAUCUAUACAGUUUAUAAAAGUUUAUUUCAUUAGUAAAGUUCUACUAAUUUUAAUGUUUAAUUUGACCAAUGGGAUGAAAUAAUAUCAGAUAGAACUUAUGUUGGAAAAAAUAUUCUAGUAUUGUUUAAUUUACACUAAAUUCUAUCAUACGAAAACUAACUUCAUAGUUUUUGUUAUGAGGUUUAAAAUACAAUUUUGUAUUACAUUCAUAGAUUAACAUUUAUUCUGUUUUAAUAACAAGACUUCCGUGAGGCACUGACAUAUUAAAUAUAAUAAACCGGGUCACUCACGUUUACGUAACGUACCAUGAGUGACCCGGUUUAAUAUAUUUAAUAUUUAUUCUGUUAAAGUAAUAUACACCUUAAUUACAUUGAAAAACAGUUUAAAGUUGCGAUGCCUCUAGUAGUGAUCUACAAACUAUAAAAAUAAUCCCUUUAUUUUUAAAGGGUAUUUGGUAAUUUAUUAGGAUUACCUAGCUCUACGUAUCUCUACUGAAUUUACAUAUACAAUUAUGUAGAUAAAUAUAAAUAUACUUAAAUGUUUGCAUACAUUGUUGUAAAUGAAGUGCGAAGUCCUCCCCACCCUUGGAUUGAUGAAAAACCUUAUUAAACCAACACUCUAAAGCCGUGUUUUCACUUAGUGUUUUGAACAGCGCUGAGCGAAGUCCUUAGUACUUUUACAACUGAAGUGUUCAGAACACUAAGUGAAAACACGGCACCUUUAGUAUGGGUGGGUGAGAAGAAAUAACAAACAUGUCAAGAAAAUGACCAUAAAAUUUGGGUCAACAGAGGGAAUGAUUUGAAUUUAUAUAAAGCGCCGAAUUCAAAAUGGCCGUUUUUAUAAAAUGGCGGCAAACUUUAGCCAUCUAUAUCAUUGUUGAAUGUUUUCUAUGAUAGCUACUUUCUAUCUGUAGAACCGAACGUUUUAUCCUUAAAUUCCAUUCGUCAAGUUAAUUUUCGAUAGACAAGUUUUCUGUAAGAAAUGCUUUCUAUUUUCUGCAGUUAAACGUACCUUUAGAAUAGUUUGUAUUAAACAUGUCCGAUAAGUCUUCUAGAAUAGAAUAUCUUUUAUAAUGUAAAUGUUUAUGAAAUUUUGAAAUCUAAAAAAACUAACUGGUCCUAUGCAAAAAUACUGAGUUGUGAGGAUUUUAUCCAUGGAUUAUUAUUAUAACAGUAUAUAUAGCUAUUAAAGUCUAAUUAAUAUUCUAUGCUUGCAGGAGGUAUAGUUUGGCCAGCCAACCGCAAGAGUAAGAUAAAUAUAAAUAAACAUUAUGUUUUCCAGAAUAAAUUGUGUCGUUGGCUGGCCAAACUGUAUUACCAUAAUUUUCAUAGACGCAAUUUUAUAAUAACUUAAAUACAAUGAAUUUUAAACGAACUUUCACAUACAAAAAUAGUGUUUUAUAGUUUUAAGUUCAACAGAAGUUUCAAAAAACUAUUUUAUAGUUUUUGGAAAUCACUGUUUUUUUUUCUACGCCGAUGCCGAUGGAAAUAAAUAACGUUGGACGUUUUAAUGACUUUUUUGAUGACAUGAAGUAUUUAUUUUUCAUCGGCGUUACCAUUAGUUUUUAGCGUAAAAUAUGGAUUUAUUUACGAAUAUUAUGCUGCCAUUAAUAAUUUUCCCUUUUUUAUCAAUUUGCGUAUUUAGUGUCACAAACAAUUGAACUAAUAGACGUGCAAAGUGAUCCUUAUUUCGUGUUAUUAAGACAGAUUUACUAUAAUUCGGUUUAUUAGCAUUAGAAAAAGGGUCUUUUUAUUGAAAACGCUUCAAAAUAAUUAUCCUCGUAAGGCCCACCAUACAAAAUUUCCUAUUUUUAAUUUGAACUUUGUUGUAUAGAUGAUUAGGAUGACUUUCGUUUGUUUUAGAAAACAAUGAAACAAAAGAAAUGCUACUUAAUUCAGUUAGUGUAAGGUUCAAAUUAGAUUGAAACAGAGUGUACAUUGUAAUGCACAUUGGUCCUUACGAGGUUAAGAAACCAAUAAUGUAAAUGAUCCAUACAUAAUAAUUGUUAAUAAUAAUGAUAAUUGUUACAUAUUAGCUGUAACUUAUUUUCCAAAAGUGUUUUUUCAAUAAAAAGACGCCGAGAUUGUUUAGGUGACGCUAUUUCUUGCUUGAUUGCAUUGCUUUCCACUAUAAGUUCAAAUAUCUCGUGUUUCGUUGAAUUGGCAACCCUAGCCCUAGAUACAAUUGAUAGAAAACACAAACAUAAGGUACAUUUUAACGCCCUCGGACGCCUGAUAUUUUAGGAGUUCACCUAUUCAGAGGGAGUAGUAAUUAAAGCUGGUCAAGCAAAUCUUGUCAGUAGAAAAAGGCGGCAAAUUUAAAAAAUGUAGGCGCGAAGGGUUGUGGUCCCAUAGAAAAUAUGAAUUUCGCGCCUUUUUCUACUGACAAGAUUUGCUUGACCAGCUAUAUCUAUCGUAUCGAUGAGAACUGGCAAUUUAAAAAAAUAUAUGACAAAAAGAUGCAGUCGCUAGGGUUGCACAUCCAAUGUUUAGAUAAAUCUAAAAAAAAUUCAACUGGCCUCUUAGCUACUAUGUACAGUGAUAGGUCUUGUAAAUAAAUUAAUCAAAGCAUUAUGACAUUGUAUCAAAUGAAUUUCGAUGCUAGUGCACAAUUAUGUUGGAAAUAGUAUUUAUAAUUAACUCUGUAACAAUAAAGCACAACACUGUGUGCUAAUUUGAAAUAAAUAAAAUCAAAUCAA